AUGAUCCAUCUCGACCGCACCGGCGAUGUUUUCACCCUGACCAUGGAUGCUGGCGAGAAUCGCUGGAACACUACUUUCGUGCGCAACCUCGCGGAAGCACUGGAUGAAGUUGAAGCCUCCACCGGACCCGCCGCGCUGGUCACUUUGUCCGCAAACGAAAAGUUCUUUUCUAAUGGGCUGGAUCUGGCCUGGGUUGCAGACCCUGAUGCCUAUCCGGAAGCAGGUGAUCGCGUCGCUUUCGGAGAAGAAUUUAUGGCGCUGAUGGGGCGUAUCAUUACGUUUCCCAUGCCAACAAUAGCCGCCAUCAACGGCCAUGCUUUUGGCGCCGGUUUUAUGAGUGCUUUAUGUCACGACGUCCGCUUCAUGCGGGCAGACCGGGGGUUUGUGUGUGCCAAUGAGAUGCAGCUUGGCAUGCGCAUUCCGAACCCGGAACUGGCCCUGUUCCGCCAUAAGCUACCUAUGAACGUUUACUUUGAAACGGUACAGCUGGCGCGGCGCUGGGCCGGCCCUGAUGCGCUCCAGGCCGGUAUCGUGCAAGCCAUAACACCGCUUGAAGAACUGCGUGAAGCGGCGAUUGCACGCGCCACAGAGCUUGCGCCGCUGGCCGCAAAUCGAGACAACUACGGCGGUCAGAAAGAAGCGUUAUUCGGAAAAAAUGCAGUCCUGAACGGUCCGCAUGGUCCUGCACACAUGUUGAAAAAUGCCGCCGAUUUCCACUAG